AUUUUCACAAUUUCAUUAUUUGUUUGUGAUGAAAACGCAUCGUCUUUUAAAAUUUGUGAAUGUUAAUCACAUUUUACCAACAUUUUGUAAACACAGGACGGUCCAGCUGUGGACAAGAAGGAUGUGAGAACUGGGUGUCUGGUUGCAGUACAGUGUGGGAAAGGCUGUUACAGAGCCAAGGUGGAAGACGUAAGAGAAGAUCAGGUCCGAGUCAACUUUAUCGACUUCGGAAACAGCGAGCUGGUGUCUCUGGACUCCGUGAGGGAAAUCCCGAGGGAAGAACUGGUGCUGAACACACCGCCUAUGGCCUGGCCAUGUAAGCUCAGGAAGCCGGAGGACCGCCAAGGCUCGUGGCUCUCAGAUAUACAGAAGAUUUUCCGUGGGAUCUGGAAAAAGCAAACCUUUGUGGCGAGAGUUGUUCACCAUGCAGGUGGGUGUUGUGUUGUGGAUCUGACACUGCCCGAUGGUCAGUUGGUCAACUCAAUGCUGAUCAAGUCAGAGGUCACUUCACCUGUCAGUUCUGCUUGUCCUGGGGCAGUGGUCAAGCCUUUUAAGCAAGUACAGACCCGUGAGAGUGAGACCAGAGCUGCCGCACCCACCUCCCAAGUAGUACAGGGGCCACUGCUGUAUGAACAUGAGGAAUCUCACCACGUCGCACGGGUCCACAUAAGCAGAACUAGUCCUAUGGUAAGGAUGAUUUUUGUGUGAUUUCACUUCUUCUCUGUUUCAAUUACUGCCUUACUGUCUCUUUUCCUUUCUAUUUCCAAUCACUCUCUCGCUGUCUCUCUGUCUCUCUG